AAAAAAACAUUUAAUGUUGAAAAAUAAAAUUUAAUUUAUCUUUGCAAUCAAUACGGGGUAGAAGUGCACAGUAAAGUUAACUGCGUAGUAUGAGAGUAGUAAUACAAAAAGUGAAGAAAGCUUCAGUAACUGUUGAAGGAAAUGUUAUUUCCAAAAUAGAUAAGGGAUUAAUGCUUUUGGUAGGGAUUUCAACCAAAGAUACUGAAGAUGAUGUAACAAAGAUGUCUAACAAGAUUCUUAGUCUUCGAGUUUUUGAAGAUUUAUCUCAUCCUCCUCACACUGCUACUAAAUGGUAUGGGAAACCAUGGGCAAAGAGUAUAGUUGAUAUUGAAGGAGAAAUCUUAAGUGUGAGUCAAUUCACAUUGUAUGGUACAGUCAAAAAAGGUACAAAACCUGAUUUUCAUAAAGCAGCUAAGGGUCAUAUCGCCAAGGAAUUAUAUGACUUAUUCUUACUGCAAUUGAAGACAGGCUUAGAUGGAAAUAAAGAAGAUUCUGUUGAUAGUAAAGUUAAAGAUGGUGAAUUUGGAGCCAUGAUGGAUGUUGAACUAAUUAAUGAUGGUCCCGUUACUAUUGUAUGGGAUACAAAUGAUCCCACCUUGUAAAUAGAUAGAUAGACGAUAGAAAUGAUAAACUUAUAUGUAAUUAUAAUAUU